UGUGCGGUGGGGUUGCCGGAAGAAGUGGCGAAGUUACUUUUGAGGGGACUCGAGCCGCGGUGGCGUGCCAGGGCUUACAGAAGCGGAGGAAAAGAAGCAGAGCGAGGGGACCGAGGCAGCUCGCGCCGCCCCCGGCUGUUUCCAGGGCAACGGGAUUUGGAGACCCCGAAGAGGCUGCGCCCGGGACCCUCGCACGCAGCCAUGAGCCCCGCCCCCCAGUGGUGUUCGGAGAGGGGCGGGACCUGGAGCGAGGCUGCCCCGUGACCCCACCAUGUCCACCCCCACCACAGAUUCCCCGGAAACUCCCUUGCCUGGAAAUGAUCCCCCUCAGCCCAGCACCCCCUCUUCACCUGUGGUAAAGGAGGAGGGGCCUGAACCGUGGCCUGGGGGACCGGACCCUGAUGUCCCCAGCACAGAUGGAGCCGGCUCAGCCUGCAGCGUGGUCACCCCAGAUCCCACGGAGGAGCCAGAACGCAAGCGGAAGAAGGGCCCGGCCCCAAAGAUGCUGGGCCACGAGCUGUGUCGUGUGUGCGGGGACAAGGCUUCGGGCUUCCACUACAACGUGCUCAGCUGUGAGGGCUGCAAGGGCUUCUUCCGGCGCAGUGUGGUCCGCGGCGGGGCAGGGCGCUACGCCUGCCGGGGUGGGGGCACCUGCCAGAUGGACGCCUUCAUGCGCCGCAAGUGCCAGCAGUGCCGGCUGCGCAAGUGCAAGGAGGCCGGGAUGAGGGAGCAGUGUGUCCUCUCCGAAGAACAGAUCCGCAAGAAGAAGAUCCGAAAGCAGCAGCAGCAGCAGCAGCAGACACAGUCUCCUGGGGGUCCGGGGAGCAGCAGCGGCUCAGCCUCCGCGCCCGGGGCCUCCCCAGGAGGGUCCGAGGGCAGUGCUCAGGGCUCCGGGGAAGGCGAAGGCGUCCAGUUAACAGCUGCCCAGGAACUGAUGAUCCAGCAGCUGGUAGCCGCUCAGUUGCAGUGUAACAAACGCUCCUUUUCUGACCAGCCCAAAGUCACGCCCUGGCCCCUGGGCGCAGACCCCCAGUCCCGUGACGCCCGCCAGCAGCGUUUUGCCCACUUCACGGAGCUGGCCAUCAUCUCGGUCCAGGAGAUUGUGGACUUUGCCAAGCAGGUGCCUGGUUUUCUGCAGCUGGGCCGCGAGGACCAGAUUGCUCUCCUGAAGGCAUCCACAAUUGAGAUCAUGCUGUUGGAGACGGCCCGCCGCUACAACCACGAGACGGAGUGUAUCACCUUCCUGAAGGACUUCACCUACAGCAAGGACGACUUCCACCGCGCAGGUCUGCAGGUGGAGUUCAUCAACCCGAUCUUCGAGUUCUCACGGGCUAUGCGGCGGCUGGGUCUGGAUGACGCCGAGUACGCGCUGCUCAUCGCCAUCAACAUCUUCUCAGCCGACCGGCCCAACGUGCAGGAGCCCGGGCGCGUGGAGGAGCUGCAGCAGCCCUACGUGGAGGCGCUGCUGUCCUACACGCGCAUCAAGAGGCCGCAGGACCAACUGCGCUUCCCGCGCAUGCUGAUGAAGCUGGUGAGUCUGCGUACGCUGAGCUCCGUGCACUCCGAGCAGGUCUUCGCCCUGAGGCUCCAGGACAAAAAGCUGCCGCCUCUGCUCUCCGAGAUCUGGGAUGUACACGAGUGAGGGCCGGGCCCCGCCCCACAGCCCUGCACUUCCCACGGUGGACACUGCUGCCCUUUCCUAAGGGGCCGCCGGCCUGGGCUCCCACCGAGAUUCGCCUUGGAGCACAAGCUCUGACCCGUCCCGUGGCCAUUGUAUGAGCCCCAGUUGGGGUCCAGGAGGCCCCCUCUUGCCCACCAAGUCUUCCUGGAGGGGGUGGAUGAGUCAGAGGUCAUGACCUCUGACCUCCUAGCACUCCAGCUGCCCUCCCCACCCAGCUUACACCUCAAACCUCCGCGCAUUGCACCUUGAGCAGAGGGAGGGGCGGGCCCCUGGCUCUCCCUGCAGCCCGAGAGACCACAGGCCCCCCUCCCCUUCUGCUCCUUUUAUUUAAAAAAAAAAAAACUUAAAUUUUAAAAAAUCAGGAAAAUAAAAUAAGCAUAGCAACCGGA